AUGGUGCCACAGAACGAAAGGAGCUCUCUUAAACGCAGUAGGGUUAGCACGGAUCACGAUUCACAAGAUUUGAAAAAGCAGCGGCGCUCCCAGAGAACCACAGCCCAAGAUCAAUCUCAAACUACACCGGUGAAUCAGUCCUAUUUACCUACGCCUCUGACCCAACAAAAUUCAACCACGACAGACGUUACGAAAGAUAUCACGGCUUCACCUAGUGAUUCUAGCCAGGUGCGCUGCCAAACACCGCUCAAUUCAGAUUCCCUCCAAACAUGUUCGUCUCCUCCUGGUGAUACGCAGGCUCAAUCACAAUUUGUAUACCCACCUAGAGCAUUUGCCGACGAAGUCGAGGAUGAGGCUGCUGAGGGGGUAUGGGGCUACCUCAUCCCGCUUGAUGAAAAGGUUCGGAGGCCACUUGUUCUGAGAAAGCGUGAUAGUUGUGAAGCCCUUGCGGAUGCGAAGUCUAAGGGCAAGACUGGGAAGGCAACUCGACGGCAAGAUAAAUCAUCAGAAGGCAAACAAGCGAAGAGUCAUCCUCCCGGCGGUUACUUAAUUGGUCGUCAUCCGGAAUGCGACUUGGUGAUUAACGUCCCCACUAUAUCUAAUCGGCAUUUCUUGAUCUUCCCAGAAAACAAAAAGGGAGGAUCGGUUGCGAUAAUGGAAGAUCUAUCCAGCAAUGGUACUUUUAUUAAUGAUGCAAUCGUUGGGCGUAACAAGCAUCGCGAACUUGAAGACGGUGAUGAAGUCACUAUUUUAGAUGAAGCACGGUUUGUUUUCAGGUACCCUCGCACAAGGGAAACAAGCGGGUUCCGCCAGCAAUACAGACUUCUUCAACAACUUGGGAAAGGCCACUUUGCAACUGUCUACCUCUGUGCAGAACGGUCUACAGGAGCGCAAUAUGCCGUUAAGGUUUUUGAGAAACGUCCCGGCGAUUCGCAGAAGUCUCAAGUGGACGCUUUACAGCAAGAAAUAGGUCUGUUGAUGGGCGUUAGCCACCCAAAUCUACUAUGUCUUAAAGACACCUUCGACGAGAGUGAUGGUGUUUACCUCGUUCUGGAACUUGCUCCAGAAGGGGAGCUCUUCAACUUGAUCGUUAGCAAGCAGAAGUUUUCAGAGACGGAAACACGCGAUUUAUUCGUUCAGCUUUUCGAAGGGUUGAAGUAUCUGCAUGAUCGUGGAAUCGUUCAUCGGGACAUAAAACCUGAAAAUAUCCUUGUUGCAGACAAGGAGCUGACUGUGAAGCUCGGUGAUUUUGGCCUUGCGAAGAUUAUUGGGGAAGACUCGUUUACAACAACACUGUAUGAUACAAUCAUAUUUCCCUUUCCUUUACCUCCUUUUCUUCAUCGGUACGUGGCACCAGAGAUAUUACAAGAUUCCCGCCGCCGAAGAUACACGAAAGCUGUGGAUAUCUGGUCCCUUGGCGUUGUUCUCUACAUAUGCCUUUGUGGAUUUCCUCCUUUCUCCGAUGAGCUUUAUACUACCGAGAGCCCGUACACUUUAGCGCAGCAGAUCAAGAUGGGUCGCUUUGAUUACCCAUCACCCUACUGGGAUUCUGUGGGCGAUCCGGCUCUAGACCUCAUAGACAAAAUGCUCACCGUUGAUGUCGACAAGAGAAUCACAGUGGACGAAUGCCUAGAACAUCCAUGGCUUACUGGGAAAUACCCUAGUGUUUCUGAUAGCACUGAUGGGCUAACUGGAGCUUUGGGAAAACUGGACUUCUCGAAACGAAAAAUCGCACGGGAGCGCACGCUCCUUAGCAGUGUCAACGAUGUCCAUUUCAGUGAACACUUGGAGGAAGGUGCUAUUCCGAUUAAAGUUUUCCAUAAAAAUAACGCCGGAAAACGAGUACACAACAGGCCUGCCAAAGCCCAGAAACGUGAAGUGUCACCUGACCAAAACAGUGCCCCUAAUGAUUUUGUCAACCUUGGAGAGCGUGGGGAUCCAGUUACUGUGACCUACUGUUCCACAAUCAUGGGCCUCCUAUCUGUCAUUCUCGACAGUGUUUGUGAGCGCUGCUCAGAUUCAUCGCUAUGGAUGCUCACCAGUGUGGCAUUGCUAUCCAUGCUCGUUGUAUCUGUGAUUAUCAAUGUCUUACGCCAACUUCUCUUCAAAAAUUACAAGGAACCCCCCUUGGUCUUUCAUUGGUUCCCUUUUAUUGGAAGCACCAUCAGCUAUGGCAUGGAUCCAUACAGAUUCUUCUUCAAUUGCCGAAAAAAGUAUGGCGAUAUCUUCACAUUCGUCCUCCUUGGUAAGAAGACCACCGUCUACCUAGGAACCAAGGGGAAUGAUUUCAUUCUGAAUGGCAAACUCCGAGAUGUGUGCGCCGAAGAGGUUUAUUCCCCACUUACAACUCCAGUGUUUGGGCGUCAUGUGGUAUACGACUGCCCAAAUGCUAAACUUAUGGAGCAGAAGAAGUUUGUGAAAUUUGGGCUUACAUCAGAUGCACUUCGUUCGUACGUUCGUCUGAUUACAGAGGAAGUGGAAGAUUUCGUACAAAAGUCCUCGGCAUUCCAGGGCCACAAAGGCGUUUUCGAUGUUUGCAAAACAAUUGCUGAGAUUACUAUCUACACCGCCUCACGUUCACUUCAAGGGAAAGAAGUCCGAAGCAGAUUUGACUCUACGUUUGCCGAACUGUAUCAUGAUCUCGACAUGGGUUUUGCCCCCAUAAACUUUAUGUUACCAUGGGCCCCUCUUCCCCAUAAUCGCAAGCGUGAUGCCGCCCAGAAAAGGAUGACUGAAACAUACAUGGAGAUUAUAAAGGAACGCCGUAACGCUGGCAGCAAAAAAGAUUCGGAGGACAUGGUAUGGAAUCUUAUGUCGUGCGUGUACAAAGAUGGAACACCUGUCCCCGACGAAGAAAUUGCACACAUGAUGAUCGCCUUACUCAUGGCCGGCCAGCACUCUUCGUCGUCUACUGCGGCUUGGAUUGUCCUGCAUCUUGCAGCAUCCCCUGAAAUAACAGAGGAACUCUAUCAGGAGCAACUUCGCAUCCUUGGACAUGAUAUGCCUCCACUUACUUAUGAGAACCUGCAGAAAUUGGACUUGCACGCCAAGGUCAUCAAAGAAACUCUUCGCAUACAUGCACCGAUCCACUCUAUCAUUCGAGCUGUGAAGAAUCCGAUGCCAGUAGAAGGUACCCCCUACGUGAUCCCAACUUCACACAAUGUCCUUUCCUCCCCUGGUGUCACUGCAAGAUCAGAAGAACAUUUCCCUGAUCCGCUUGAAUGGAACCCCCACCGCUGGGAUGAGGCCAUCGCUGCUAGCUCAGAGGAUGAAGAAAAGGUUGACUAUGGCUACGGCUUGGUUACUAAAGGAACCAACAGCCCAUAUCUUCCGUUCGGCGCCGGGCGGCAUAGAUGCAUUGGCGAACAGUUCGCUUACGUCCAGCUCGGUGCGAUUACGGCGGCUCUAGUCAGGCUGUUCAAGUUCAGCAAUCUUCCAGGCGUUGAAACUCUCCCAGACACAGACUACUCAUCCUUAUUUUCUAAGCCUUUGGGCAACUCAGUGAUACAAUUUGAGAAGCGCGAGCCCGUCCCCAAGGCAUAG